CAGUAUCAUUGACUGGCCGAGGCGAGCAGGAAGUGAAAUGAAGACUAGAACCAGCGUGGAGAUUAUUACACAAUAAUAUGGCGGCGAAAAUGAGUAAGUUUGGUGGACGUUCUUCUGGGAAUGGUCACACUGAAAUGAAUCAAAAUACAGCAGCAAAGAAGGCAGAAAAAGUUGUAAUAUUGGAUGCUGGAGCACAAUACGGCAAGGUGAUUGAUAGACGAGUGAGAGAACUUCAAGUUGACACAGACUUCUUGCCUCUUGAAACUCCAGCAAGUGUUAUACAAAAAAAUAAAUACAAAGCAAUAAUUAUCUCAGGUGGACCAGGCAGUGUAAAUGAUGUAAAUCCUGUGUGGUGUGACCCACAUAUAUUCAAAUUGGGACUUCCUAUUCUUGGUAUCUGCUAUGGUCAUCAGUUGAUGAACAAAAUAUUUUGUGGUGAAGUUGAAAAGAAAAGCUCUCGAGAAGAUGGACAAUUUGAAAUAUCUAUUGAUAGUUCAUCUGUCUUAUUUCGGGGGUUAUCUUCAAAGCAAGAAGUUCUUCUUACACACGGGGAUACUGUUACUGAAGUUGCACCUGGUUUUAGAGUGACAGGGAAAUCUGGCAAUCUUAUCGCAGCUAUUGAUGAUGAACCAAAGAAAUUAUACGGUGUACAGUUCCAUCCUGAAGUAGACCUAACAAAAUGUGGUAUUCAAAUCUUUAAAAAUUUUCUCUUUGAAGUUGCAGGGUGUACAGGAAACUUCACUAUGCAAUGUAGAAUUCAAUCAUGCAUUGAUGAAAUAAAGAAAAGGUGUGGUUCCAGUAAGAUAUUGUCUUUAGUGAGUGGAGGAGUGGACUCUACAGUUUGUACAGCCUUGUUAAGUAAGGCGCUUGGAGGAAGCUCUGUCUAUGCUGUUCACAUUGAUAAUGGUUUCAUGCGAAAGGAUGAAAGUAAACAAGUUGUUGAGUCUUUAGCUAAAAUUGGAUUAAAAUUGACAGUUAUUAAUGCGAGCCAUACAUUCUACAAUUCAAAAACUCAACUUAGCUCAAAUGAAAUGGAUAAUCCUGUUAAGAAAUGGUAUUCCAGAACUCUAAACAAUACUUGUGAACCUGAAGAAAAACGGAAAAUUAUUGGGGAUACUUUUAUUCAGGUUGCCAAUGAAGCAAUCAAAGACCUGAAACUUGAUCCUAAAACAACCAUGCUUGCUCAAGGAACAUUGCGGCCAGACUUGAUAGAAAGUGGUUCAAUAAUUGCAAGCAGUAAAGCAGAUGCAAUAAAAACACAUCACAAUGAUACUGAACUAGUUCGGACACUUCGAGAAGAGGGUAAAGUCAUUGAACCUCUGCGGGAUUUCCACAAAGAUGAAGUGCGAGAACUUGGGGUACAACUUGGUUUACCUAGGGAUAUUGUUAGUAGACAUCCAUUCCCAGGCCCAGGCCUAGCAAUUCGUGUCAUCUGUGGUGAAGCACCGUACAACAAAGAUGAUUAUGCUGAUACAAAAGUGAUUCUUACAACAAUUGUUAAUUAUUCCCAGUCCUUAUCUAAGCCACAUACUUCACUAAUUGGAAUACGAAAUGCAACUUCAGUUGAAGAGCAACAGUUUAUGAAGGAAUUCAGUGAAAAAAAUAAUGUUGCUACAACCCUGUUGCCUAUCAAAACUGUGGGUGUCCAGGGUGACUGUCGAACCUACAGUUAUGUGGUUGCUUUAUCCAGUGAUGAGAAAGUGAAUUAUGAAGAUUUGAUGAAGUUGGCUAAACUUAUUCCCAGGAUCUGCCAUAAUGUUAACAGAGUUGUCUAUGCUUUUGGUGGUCGUAUAAAACAUCCAAUUACCGACAUAACAUUGACAUAUCUUUCAACUGGUGUUUUGGAAAUUAUUAAGGAAGCCGACUACCUGGCACGCAAGAUUUUGAGAGAGUCUGGCCAAAUGAAAUCCCUCAGUCAAAUGCCUGUAGUUCUUAUUCCAGUUCACUUUGACCGUGAUCCAAUAAAUCGAGUACCACCAUGUCAGCGAUCAGUUGUCAUUAGAACUUUUAUAACUAAUGACUUUAUGACUGGGGUUGCAGCAACUAUAGGGAAAGAUAUUCCAGAAAACGUUAUUCUUGAAAUGGUGAAAGAAAUUCAAAAAAUUUCCGGAAUAUCCCGGGUUCUCUACGAUCUUACAUCCAAACCUCCAGGCACAACUGAAUGGGAAUAAGAAAUUUAGUUCACACAAUAUAUUAUAUAGAAUAUUCUAGUAGAUUUAUUUCAAAUUUUUGCCUGCCAAAGGAAUUCUUGUCUCGUUUUCUGUUUUCUAUUUUUUCCUAGCAGAGAUCAGGCAUUCAAUUUUUUUUUGUACAUGAUAUUAUAAUAUAUAGCCUCAUUACAGAUAAGUCAGGGUGUUUAGCUCAAAUUUCUUUAUGCUAUUAUCUGCUAAAAAUAAUACUUGACAUGUACAAAAACCUUUUGUAUUAUUUUUUUAAGUUUACAUUGUAGUUAAUGUCAUG